GCGUUUUAGAAGUUUCCAUUGGAGCAGCAAUCAGCAGAUCAGCAGUCAUCAGCAACAUCGGCACAAAAAUCAGUUCUUAUUAAUAUUCAGUAUUCCAUAACUUUCUCAAGAUUCUUUAGAAUUUAGAAUAUUUUCAUAGAUUCUUUUUGUAAGAGAUAAAGACUAUCAAAAUUUACAUAAACUAUAAUUAAUCGCAAAUAAGAAAUUAUACAUAAUUUGUGUAAUUUCUACUGUAAGAAUAGAAAAGGAAAAAAGUGUUUUUGAUUAUUUUCUAAUUAUUUAGCAAACAUGGCUGUUAGCAGUGGAGUAUCAUUUAUAUUAUCUUCGAUAUUGACAGUACUAUUAUUCUCUGGAAUGCAAAUGUACAAAGUUUGGCUUGGUUCAUCACAGUUGGGGACUGUAUUGGGAGGAUGGGUUGGAUCAUUAUUGUUCAUGUGCACAUUAACUGCUAUAGGAAAUCUUGAAAGCACUUUAUUUGGAAAAUCCUUCCAACAGAAAUUACUUCCGGAAGUGGUUCUCUCAUUGACUUUAAGUCUAAUUGCUUCUGCGCUGAUUCAUCGUGUAUCUACCACAACAUGUUUAAUAUUCUCUAUGAUUGCACUCUAUUACAUGAAUCGUAUUUCUCAAGAAACAUAUGGUGUAUCUAUACAAAAUGCAGUAAUACAUUCUAAGAAACGCAAGUAAAUAUAAGGAUAUUUAUAUAUAUA